UGUUAAUAUACAACACUUACAUUUUAAGUUCACUUUAUUUCAUUUCUAUAAGAAAUACAGUUACAUCUUCUUAAAAUCUAUACAAAAUUCUGAUUUCAUAAAAUCUUACAAAAAUAGUUAUUGAAAUAUAUCUUGACUGAAGUUAACCGAUAACGACCAAUCUAAAUUGAACGAAUUAUUUACUAUAGUAAGAAAAUUUAAACCGUAACGCGGUAAAUUUGAAAUCCAAUAUUAGUUAAGCAUAAGGAAAAAAUGCGAAAAUUUAAUCAAUACUGCUUAUUAAAGUUUAAAAACUACUUUUAUCUUAUUUUAUUUUAUUUUUAUCAACAUACGACCAUUCAUUUCUGUUGAAUGUUCAUCUUGUUUACUUAAUUUUCAAAUGAAAGAAAGUUAAUGAGUUGUUUAAAUUAGAUAACACGGUGUUUAAUUUAUGAAUUGUAAUAACAAGUAAAUAUUAUGACGCUAUUCAGGCUUUGUUAGUGCUUUCAUACAGUGAGUUCAUUUUUUAUUGACACAGAUGUUAAUCAGAGUUACAGAUGGAUAUAUAAAUCGUGGUCAUGUUCAAAUUACAGCAUAUAUUUUCGACAAGUUUGUUGCUACAAGCAUCAUCAUUGAAAAUCAUGUUUAAGUUCUUACCAAUUUUCGCCAUUCUCGGCAUUGUUGCUGGUCUCGCUUUUCCGUUUGAUCAAUUAAACCAAGUACAAAAUGCUCUUAAGCCUAAUGACAAGUCUCAAGAAAAGUCACAAGGAAAUAAUAGCAAUAAUGGCAGUGACGAAAAUCACAGUAAUAAUGACAACAGUAGCAGCCAAGAUUUGUCCAAUGUUGUGGACAAAAGCUCUAAAAUCGUCGAUGAUUUGCAAAAGUUUGUAGGAUCUGUGGAACAUACGCUGGAGGAUCAAUUGAAAAAAGUAACAAACGGCUCCGCACAUCUUUUGGAACAAAUAGAACAACAGGUCGCUAAAGUCAUUACUGAUGUUAGGAACAAAACACAAGAACAUUUUCAACAUCUCCAUAGCAAACUCGAUAAAGUGGAAGAAGAUGCCUCGAAGGCAAAGAAUAUCAUUAAACACAAAGUAGAGGACAUCAUCAAGAACGUUACCAAUGCACUUGACAACCUGGAGAAUAAAAUAAAUAAUACCUUGAGACACGUUAACGAAAACACUUCCGAAAUCGUAAACCACGUGAGGAAUGUUACAGAAGAAAGAGUACAAGAAUUCAUAAAUAAAACUGCCCAAGCUGUGGCACAAGCCAUACAUACUGCUGAAGAUAUUAAAGAAAAGACUGCUGAGAUUUUGGACAAAACAUUGUCCGAGUUAAGGGAAGAGGCUCACAAUCUUUUGAACAAUAUCAAAGGAUUUAUUCAUGAUAAAAUUAAUGAAAUUGAAAACCAAAUUCACGAUAUCUUCGAUAAUAUUGGAAAUAUCACAGAACAAACGUUGAAAAACGCUAUACAUAUGGAUGCUUACAUCGCGGGAAAACUGAGCGAUAUAAUUUACGAUAUUUCGGAAGAUUCUAGAUCUUUGUUAGGCACUGUGAUGAACAAUACUCAAAAUAUUGUCGGUGGCAUUGUUAAUAACACUAACGAAGUUGUUGAACAAGCAGUUAAUAAUGUUAAAAGUGUUGCUUCUGGCAUUUUCCAUGAUGUCCACCAUACCGUAAAAUUUGGAAUAGAUAGUAUAAGGGCUAAUAUAAAAAACGCAUUCAACAUUGCACACCAUAUCCGUGAUGAUGUUCAAGACACUAUUCAAGACCUAGCAUUAUAGAUGACACAGAGGAUAAAGCAUCCCAUGGUUUUAAGUUUCCAUUUGGUAUCUAAGUAACAAAUAUAGGCUACUGCAUCUUAAAUGGAAUUAGGAAAUCGAUGAUUGGAAAUUACUAAACAAAUAAAGUAGUUUUCAAUUUAUGAACAAGCAGCAGUGGUAAAGAAACGAAACAA